GACAAAAAGCUAAUUAUUUCUGGUUUAUUUGGAUUUUAAUUUAAAUCUAAAGUUCUAAACAAAUAAAAACAAAACCCUAAAAAAAUUGCAAAUUAGCUUUUGAUAAAUUAAAGAUGGCGGAGGACAACCUCACCGCCGGUGUAAGAGUCCCUAGUUGCCGAUACGAUCGCCGUUGCAAAAUCAAAGGAGAAGUAGACUUAAUCAGCUCUCUACCCGAUGUGAUCCUUCAACAUAUUCUCUGCUUUAUUCCGACCAAACUAGCCAUCACAACUUGCCUCUUGUCCAGGCGAUGGAGGUAUGUCUGGUGCGACACACCUUCACUCUCCUUCAUUAAUGGUAGCACACUUAACGCUGCUUUGUAUUACAAAACCCAAGAUCGUUAUACAGCUCCCAAGAUGAUGGAUUUGAACAUCCGAGCCCGCGAGAUCCACCAUAUUCCACAACUUAACAGUUGGAUCGAGUUGGCCAUGUCCCGCAACGUGGAGAAUAUGUCCCUGAAAAUCGUAGCAAACUUGCUUGACAAGUAUGAUAUUCCUGAAUUCUUUUACAUCAAUACCUCUGUCAAGCAACUCACCUUUGAGUUCUAUUAUGCUAAUAUGAUCCCUAUACGCUCUGUGUCUUGGAUAUCUUUGAAGAAGCUGUCAUUGCGUUGUUGUAGUCUCUCUGAUGAAUCCCUGGCUAAGUUUCUAUCUGGUUGUCCUGUCCUCGAAAGCUUAACAUUGCAUCUCUGUGAUGAACUGAGGGUUCUUGAUCUCAGCAAAUGGCUGCGUCUGAGAACAUUACAUGUUGUCCGCAACUUGUCUGGUCCAGAUCCAAUGCAAAUUGUGGCACCACAUAUCCAUCGUCUCAUAUUGAGAAACUCUCAGUUUCCAUGUACUUUAGUUGAUGUCUCAUCUUUGCGGAGCUUCGUGGUGAUCCUUUUCCGAUGUUCCAGUUUGUUAUUCCUCCUGCUGUAA